GAGUAGGAGAAGAAACAGUUCUGCGCAAUCAUGUUAUCCUUUGUUAGGCUCUCUCCCAGUUAUCGUUUGUCCUCUUUUGCGCUAAUGCCUUCCUUAGCUUCUGCUUCUUCCUUUGUUAACUCACAUGUCUCAACGUCAUCUUCUUCCUUCUUCAACUGGGUUUCGAAAUCUAAGCUCAAGAAUUCUCACAGAGCAUCCUCUGAAGGAGUUCCCAAUGAGUUGAUUGAAGACUCAAAGUUUGUUCCUUUGAAAGCUGAUGACCCUAAUUAUGGUCCACCUGCCUUACUGUUAUUGGGCUUUGAAGUAAACGAGGCUUCAAAGAUUCGACAGCUGCUGAAAGAGUUAGAUGGGGAAUUCCUGAAGGUUAUCUUUUGUACGAAAGGCAUGGUCACUUGCUCUCUUUGGGAAGCAAUGCAUACGACACAAUCCAAUCUGAAAGAAGACGAGAUUGAUAAAUCACUGCCUCGGAUAUGCUUCUUAUCUGGUUUAAGUGGGGAGGAGAUGAUGAUGUUCAUAGACGCUUUCCCUGAAACCGGACUUAAACCAGCCGUGUUUGCGGCUCUUGUUCCCAACAGUGCCAACAAACCAAUUCAGGAGUUGAUAGAAGAAAUAAUGGGUGACCAUGAGAUGCUGACUGGUGAAACGAUGUGAAGAGUCUACCCAGAAGUGGAUUGCAGAAUCUAACUGCUAUGACAGUCUGAUUUCGUUGAGGCAAACUUUGCUUCCACAGUAUCAUGCACAGAAUGCAUUGUAAAUUUAAAUCUGAUGUCUUCACCAUAACUUGUGGAAGUGGUAUAUAUUGUUAAUAUACCUCAGUUUCGACGGCCAAUAUUGUUCAUUCACUGAGAAUGUAAUCUGUUAUUUUGCUUUGGCGUUGCUUAGAAUUUUGGUUGAGAAAUAUUUUUGGUCUGAGGAAAAGAGAUAACCCGUGCUGCAAGGAACUGAUUUUUUUUUUUUUUAAUUGAGUUUAUAUAUGACCUGAAA